AUGUACGUGAUAUUCAACGUGAGCCCAGUACAAACGUUAAUGAUUCUCCUGGAACUACUAACGAACCCUGACGGUGACCUUUCCAAUAUUACCCCACACCUACCUGACUUUGAUCUAGUAGAUGAAGAUGGCAUGCUACAGCCUAUACUGAUCAACGCAAGUAUGCCUAGUGAUUCACUAGUAAGGCUGGAUCUCGAAAAUCCGACACCGGAUUCUCUCCUUAGGCUGAUCGUCAAAGAUAUCCCACUAAAUACGAAGCAAUUACUCGUAGUGCGAAAGUUGUUAACUGAAAUUAUGUCGUGGACUGAAUAUCUACACGACUCAUCACGGCGCGGACAACUACUUCUGUGUAUUACGGGCGAAGGUGGUAUAGCCGCCCUGUGUAUUAUUAGCCGGAAGCACGAAAUUAUCCUUAUAGCCCCUACCGGAGCCGUAGCAGACAAUUUAGGAGGGAACACCUAUUAUACUUCCCUUGGUAUCAAUCUUUCCUAUAAAGCUACUGUAAGCACCCGCGUUCGACGGUUAUGGGCACGAAAGACAAUCCUGGUGAUUGACGAAAUAAGUAUGGUGGAUCUGAAAAUGUUGAGUGUGAUUAAUAACUAA